CUUUUUUGAAGGAGGUGAGGUAAGGUCACAGCUGAAACCUGCAUGGAGACCGGCGCGCGUGUGUAUAUAAAGCCAGCUCGGGGCUCCUUAAGCUGCAGUCUGCGUUUGGCUCUCAUACUUCUCCCAACAAGUCCAUCGUCAAGCAACUUCUCCUCAAACAAAAUGUUGCGUCUGUGCGUAAUGUUGUCUGUGUUUGGUGCCGUCUUCUGCCAAACGUACCCCGAUCCGCUGGUGGAUAUUACCUGCAAUAACUGGUGUAACCUUAGCAGUAAUACCUAUUACUGCUGCGACGAACAACGUGAAAUUGAUGGAGGGCGCUCCGGCAAAUGCCCAGCCACCCCGAUUUCGCAGAGGGAGCUGGAUAUCACCAGGGAACUUGGAGACCAUAACGCUCUCAACUGCAAGCACGACAGAGAGUGCGAGGUCGGGGAAAAAUGUUGCUACGCUAAGGAAACUCAGCACUACAGGAUCUGUCGCUUUUCGUUUUAGAGAUCCCUGGACAUAUAGUUCGCUGGAGGCCUCUUGAAUCCUGUCAACUUGGAAUCUGAUUUGUUUUCAUGAUGACUCUGACAAAUACGAAAGAUCUUUAGACCAGAUGUGCAUAUAUAUAUAUAUAUAUAUAUAUAUAUAUAUAUAUAUAUAUAUAUAUAACUGACCACUUUGCCCUACUUAUCCACCCGAGGGCAUAUAUUUGUUUUUGUUGUUCUUGUUCUGUUAAUUUUAAGGUAUAUAUCAAUGACUUAGUACAAAGAUGUUCCUAUUCUCACGUGUUUAAAUAGACAGUUAAUAAAUUAUAUAAAAUCUA